UGGGCCUCCGUAGGUUAAGGUACAGAGUUUCAGAGGGAAGUUCCCGCUAGAUAAAUUGGUGGUCAGGAAUCAUGGGCUCCCAGGGGGACGUAGCUACCCAGCUGCCGUCGGGGGCCGACGCGGCUCUCCUCAAGUUUGAGGAGCUAGAGAAGCAGUGGGCGUCAUUUGAACGUCGUGCAACUCAAAGGGGGGCCGACCGUGCCGCUGGUCAGGCGCAUUCUGCGGACUUAUUGGAGGAGCUGCAGCAGAAAGUGCAAGCGAACUCUUGGCAGGGGGGCCAGCGAAGUGAGGUCCAGGAUGGUGCCAGUUCACACCUCGAUGGACGCGGAGAGAGGGGGUAUUCACACCAGGAAGAGCGGCAGCAGAGGAGGGGCGCGGAACAGCCUGCGUGGGGAGAAGGGGACCAUCAUCAUGUCGCUCAAAGAGGUCCCGGGGUGAAGAACCCCAAAGACGGAGUUCAAACCAAGCUGGCUGCGGCCCGGCAACAACUAGAGACCGCGGCUUUUCACAUCCAGGGGGGAAGUGACCGGAGCAAGCUGGCUGCGUGGGAGCAUAUGCUGGAGGUCAGAGAGAAAGCGGCUGCCGAGAAUGAGCUGGUCGCCGACGAGAUGAUCACUGCCGCUGAAUCUUUGCGCGCCGAGGCAGAGCGCGCGCGUGCUGCCGCCGAGGAAGAGCUCCGCUCGACGUGGGCACGUGUCCAAGCACUGGAGUCCAAUUUAGCGGAACGGGAAGCGGGGCUGGCGGAACGCCAGGCGUUACUGGAAGGAACAGAGAGAGACGCGCAGCGGAGACUGGCGGAAAGUCGGGCGGAGAUCGAGAAGCAGAAGGUGGCGGUGCAGAGGGAGAUGCAGCGGGCGGAAGCCGCGAUGCAGGAUGCGUCCAUGCAGGCGAAGCUGUUGGACGGGAAUCGAGGCUCGAUAGAGGACGACCUGCGACGAAUGAAGGCGGAGGCGGCCGCAGCAGAUAGGGCCCGCGCCGCAGCAGUGGCGGCCGAGAGCGCUGCGAGGGCGGGGAGAGAAGAGGCGAAAACACAGGCGGAGCGUAUCCUUGCAGGCGCUCGCGAGGAAGCCGCCAGCCUUCGCCAGGCCGUCGAAUCCGCCAAUGAGGAACUCGCCGCGCUGAUCCGCGAGCGGGGCGCGAUGAAAGCGCGCCUCGAAGUCGAGCGCGAGCAAGCGCGCGCAGAAAUGGCGUCCGAACAGCAAGCUCUCGAACGGGAGCUGAGGGAAUUCCGGCGGAAAACGAGCGUGGCGGAACGGGAACUGGCGGACCGGGAGGAGAACUGGGCGAAAGCGAAGGCGAAGUGGGAGGAGGAGGCGGUGAAGAAGAGGAAGGAACUAGGGGAGGCGCAAGAGGCUGCACGGAAGGCGAAACAGCAGGCGGAGGAGAUCCAAGCAUCUGCUUUGGCCGCCCUUCAAGAAGCUGCCGACACGAAAGCAGAGGCGGCAGCCGUUCUGUCAGAACGGCGUGCGGUGCAGACACGUGCCGCGGAGCUAGUGGCUCAGGAGGAGGGGAUGGAACAGUGGCGAAAAGAAGUAAGAGCGGAAGCGAUGAGGCACAUUGAGGAGCGGGAAGCGGUGCUGACAGAGUGGGAGGAGCGGCUUAGAAGGGAGGAGGCGGUAGCAGACAAGAAGGUGUCCGAGCUCGAGACAUCUCUCUCGGCCCGCGAGUCCGACGUCGCCUCCCGCUCCGAACGCCUCUCGAAGGACUCCGCCGCACUGGCAGUCCUCCAAGCCAAAUUAGAGGAGCGGGAGAAAAACCUCGGCGAACGCGAACACACCUCCAUGACGCGCGCGUCCGAGCUCGAUCGCGCGGCGCGAUCCGCCGCAAGCACGCGGGAAGAACUAGUCAGGCGGGGAGAAGAGCUUGCGAAAGAAAAAGAAGCGGUAAGGAUCGCGGCGGUCGAAGCGGAGGAGCGCGCGCGCGCCUUGGAGGAGGCGCGCAAGCGCGCAGAGAAACGAGAGCGCGAGGUGGAAACUAGAGAGGAGAGGGUGCGGGAGGCGGAGAGGGUUGUGGGGGAGCGGGAACGUGCGGCCAAGGAGGAGGCAGCGCAGGCCAGCAGCGCUGCCAAAUUAGCAAGAGAACAGGAGGAGCGGGCACGGCGCGUUCACACCUCCGCCGAAGCCCGGACUUCCGAACUCGAAGCCAAGGAGGCGCAACUAGCGCGCGAGAGAAACGAGGUCUCCGCCGAGCGCCAGGUAAUCGAACGGCUGAGAAACGACGCCAGGAGAGACGCGGAGAAGGCGACGAAAGAAAGGGCCGAGAUCGAGAAAGCAGCGGUUGUUGUGAAGGAAGCGUUGGGCGCGCUUGCGAGGCGCGAGUCGCAAACCGGGGAGCGGUGGGUCGGAGCCCAAAACCCUGAACCCUCAAGCGACGCGGCGUGGGGAGAGUAUCGGAAUCUAGAAUCUUUGAGCGACGCACAAUCUCAAAAAACACGCGGCGCUCAAUCUCAAGAAACACUGAAUCCCAAUGGCCAAGGUCGACAAGCGGCAAAAUCGGCCCGGUGGGGCGAAGCUCAAAACCGGAUGCCGAGCGGAGAAGAAAGGCACGAUGGUGCUGACGGAGCCGUUCCGAAUGCGGCAAAGAUGGUUGUCCAUUCUCAGGAAUCAGAGGGCCAAGGAAGCAGAAAGGCGUGGGAACUAGAGCGAGGUCAGAUCAAAGACGGAUAUGGUUCCCACUUGCCGCCGGGUCGAAAAGGCCACGUUCCGUUACGGCUGGAAGACCUGGGCUACUCCGCCGAGCCCCUCUUCGCGGAAGUCGGAAAGGGAGAGGCGGAGAAAGGAGGGGACGACACGUGGCAGGCUCUGGUUGGGCGCCACGUGGCGGCCGCUGAGCUGGUCCGGCGGGAGGAGGCGCUGCAGCGGUGGGCGAAGCUGCUCAGCGAGGAGGCGAGGCGGAGGGACGCGAUUGCGGCGUCGGUGUCGGACCACGAAGCACGUGUCCGAGCGUCGUCCGAGGAGGUUUCCGUACGGCAGAGAGAGGUGACUGCAGAGCGCGACCGCAUUGCAAACGACACGCAACGACUAACCCAGUGGGAUAAGACGCUAACCGCAAAACAGGAGGCCCUUGCUGCGUGCGAGAAACGAGCCACGGCGCUGGAAGAAACGUUAGCUGCCAAGGAGGAAGCUCUUGCGGAGAAACAGAAGACGAUCGAGGAAGCGGAAGAAGGGCUUCGAGAACAAGAGGAGAAGAUGGCUACCGAAGAGAAGCGCUUGAGGCAGCUGGCGAGCGAGGUCAAGACUCGGGCAGCUGAACUGGAAGGACUAGAGGGGCGCGAAGCCGCUGUGCAAGCGUCUCAAAAGGCGCUAGAAGGACUGAAGGCGGCAUUGGCUGAGGCGCAAGAAGAGCAUGGGGCGGCGCAACGAAAGUGGGUCGCGGCCAAGGCUGCAACGGAACGGAAUUUGGCGGAGCGCUCUGUGGCCCUCGAGGAGAAGGCCGCUGAGCUCAGCACGCGCGAGGGCCAGCUGAGCGCGCGCGUCAGCAGAGCGGAAAAGACGGCGCAGUUUUUGGCGGUGCACGAGGAGGAAAUCGCGCAGGGGAAGGAGGAACUAGAGCGGGAGAAAUUGGCGCUGAAAGACGCGAAGAAGGAGCUGCGGAGAGAGGGGGAGGCUUUGGAAGAGGAAAAGAGCAAGCUGAAGAAGUUGGAAGAAAUGGAGGCCGCAGCAAAAGCCGCUACUCGCGCCAUGGACGUCAAAGCGGCGCAGUUCGACGAGCAAGCGCGUCAAUUUGAGGCCGCGCAAGAGCAGUUUGAGAUCGCGGAGAAGCGCGCGCGACGGCGAGAGGAGCGGCUGACGUCACAGGAGGGGCGGCUGGCGGAGGUCGAGCGCAAAUUGGUGGAGGAGAAAGAGGCGCUGGAGGAAGAACUGCACUCUAGACGAGAGGAUUUGGACGCUGCUGUGCGCGAGCUCAAGGACCGCCAGGCCAGCCUGAGCGCGCGCGAGAUCGCCGUGAGCCGCCGGGAGGAGCGCCUCCAGAGCGAGGAGGAGCGCGCGCGCGCCGACGCCGAGCGCGCGCAUGCUGAGGCCGCGCGCGCGCGCGCGCUCUUGAUGGAGGCGAGCGAGAAGGAGAAGAGCGCGAGACGGUUGGAGGAGGCGGCAAAGGUCGAGAUGGAGGGAGUGGAACGGGAGAGGAAGGAAGGGCGGGAACAGAAAGAAAGGGCGGAAACGAGAUUGGAGGAGCGGCGAAAAGAGAUGGAGCUGAUGAUCCGGAACGUGCAGCGGCAAGAGGAGGAAAACGAGAAGCUGCUGCGUAAAAGAGAAGAAGACGUUAAAGAGCGAUACAAGCAUGUCGCGGCGCAGCGGGACAGCCUCGCCCUGGAAGCCAAGAAGCUGGAGGAACAACGACGUGAGAUCGCCGCAGCCCAGACCGCCUUAACGGAGCGGUUUACGGCGAUGGAGGCUGCCGUCAGCGAAAUGGACAUGCAACGUCAGGAGACGGAAGCUGCCGCGCGAGAGUGCCGGGAGACCGUCGAGGCGAUCACGAAGCGGGAACGAGACGUCGCAAACCGAGAGGCGGAGUGUGCGGAAAGAGAGGAGACGAUGAGUCGUCACUUGAAGGAAGCAGCAGAACACGAGCUGGCUCUAGAGCGACGAGAAGAAGAAGCUGGCCAACGCGAGCGGCGCGCGAAGGAGAUGGUAGAGGGUGCGCGCGCGGCGCUCGAGCUGCGGGAAACGGAAGUGGCCGACAAGGAACGGAAGCUGGCCGCGGCGGAAGACGACCUAGAGGCGCGGAACGAGGCCUUGAAGGCUAGUGAAGCGCGCGUCUCGGCCCGCCACGCGCAGCUGGACAUCGACCGCGCGAUGCUUAUGGAGCGCAUUGAGACGCUUCAAAAAUCCACUGCCGCCGCCGAGACCGCGGCACUCCAGCACGCCCAGAAACUAGAGCGGGAGGAAAAAGCGCUGCAGAAACUGCGUGAGGCGCAGAACAAGCGGUCGGAGGAGCUCACGCGCCAAGCGGAAGAGGCGGAGGCCCUGUUGGAAAGAGCGCGGGAGAAAGAGACAGAACUAGAGGCGCGGAAAAAGACGUUGGACGAUCGGGACAGGGCCUUGGAGAAGAUGCACGAAAAGGUGGUGGCGCGCGAACUAGGGGUGGGAGAAAAGGAGAGGGGGCUGGAGGCGGAGGGAGAGAAGGCGAAGCGCGCGAUGCAGCAGAUCGAGGAAGCGAAGCGCGUGCUGGGCGUGAGAGAGGCCGCACUGGUUGGGCGAGAGAGAGCUGUGGCGGCGCAACAGGAGGAGCUCAAGAAGCGGUUAGAUGACGCGCGAAAUGAACAGGAUGACGCACUGAAGGAGAGAAGGGAGUGGAAGGAGCAAGAAGAGAAGCGGAACAAACAGGUGGCGGCCGCAAAAUCGAUGAUGGCCGAAGCAUCGUCGCGCAUGGAUGCCGCACGUGCGGACGAGGCGCGUCUGCAGGAAGCGCGCGAGCAACUAGAGGCGCGGGAGCGCUCGCUCAAGGACGAGAGGGCCAAAGCAGCGGUGGAGGCUCAAGAAUGGAGCAAGGAGAUGGAGUCGCUGAAGCGGGAGAUCGAGGCACGGGAGGAGUCAAUGGGCGAAGAAAACGCGCGACGGGAGGAGAAGGCUGCCAAGAUGCUGGCAGAGGGUCGUUUGGCGUUGGAAGCAGCGAGGAAAGAACGCGCUGAAACUGGCACUGCUUUAGCGGAAGUCGCCAGGCGGGAGCGGUCAGUAGCAGCGGAAGAGGAGCGCUUGAAACGGGACGCUAUAGGGAGCAGCGAGCUGAUGAAAGUGCGGGAAGAGAAGUGCGAAGAGCGGGAGAGGGCGCUCAAGAGCGGACAGGACAAGCUGCGGCUAGAUCGAGACGAGCUGGAACUAGAAGGACAGACUCUGCGAUCCGAGGCGCGGAAAGCAGAGGAGCGGGCACUGGACGAAAAGGUGGCGGCCGAGAAGUUGAAGGCGGCAGCAGCGGAGGCGGGAAGCAUAGCAGAGAAGAAAGAGCUGGCCGCGAGGAAAAGAGAGCAGGACGCCAAUCUGCGCGAGGCGGCCGCGAAAGAGGAGGCCCGGAAACUUGAAGGGGCUCUCGCGGAGGUUCGGGCCCGAGAGUCAGCGGUGGAGGAACUGGCUGCGAAAGUGGCUAACCGGGAAGAAGCGGCUACCCGGUUGGAGCAACUUAUGGCGAGGCGGGAGAAGGAGAUGGCGCAGAGAGAGUCGCAGAUGAAGCGGGAGUUCAUGACCACCGAGGAGAAGACCUCCUUCCGCAGCCAGGAGCUGGAAGCGCGCGCCGAGCGCGCGCGCGCUUUGGAGGAGCGCGCGGAGGAGGCGCAGCAGGCGGCCGCGAGACGGCUGGAGGUCGUCGAAGAGAAGGAGCGACAACUAGAGAAGAGGAGAAAAGAGAGGGAGGAGGAACAGGCGCGGCUGAAGGCAAAGCUGCAGAGGGCGGAGGAAGAACUGGAGGGGAAGAAAAAGGAGCUGGAAGAAGAAAAGAAAACUGUCGCCGAGACUCAAGCAGCCGCCGCGGCGCAGUUGAAGGCCGCCCGGGGAAUGGUCGCCGAGGCGCAGGCAACUGCAGAGCGGCAGGCGCGGGAGAGGGAACGCAUAGAGGGGGACACGCGGCGACUCAAGGCGGCAAAGGCGGAGGUUGAAGGGGCUGUUUUGGACAAGGAUGCGGAACUCGCUAAAUGGUGGGCGGAGCUUGAAGAGGAGCAAGAGCGGCUCCGCUCGGAGCAUUCCGCCCUCAGGAAGGAGCGGACGGAACUCCGCGAGCAUGCCGCAGACCUAGAGACAAAGCGGUCGGAGCUCGCGCGACGAGAAGAGACGGUCAAGGCCCGGCAGAGAGAGAUAGAGGAAGAGCGGAAGUCCGCCCGGACAGAGCGGAACGAAGCGGAAGCGGAAAAGGAAGCGGCGGAACGGGCGAGGGCGGCUGUGGAGGAGGAGAAGCGGGAGAAGCUCAAAGCGGUCCAGGAUAAGGAGCAGCGGGUCAAGCAGGAAGCGGCGAGAGAGAAGGAGCGCUUGGCAGCAAAGCUGGCGGAGAAGGAGGCGCGUCUCCAAGAGGAGGCGGCUCGGCUGCAGUUGAAAGAGCAGCAGAUCGACGAGGAGCUGCGCAGCCGACGGGCGGCCAUCGACAGAGGGGCGGUCGAAGAACAGGUCGUGCAACGCCUCCGGUCCGUCACCAGCCCUACCCGCCGUCGCACUCCCAACUCCUCCCUCGAUUCCGCUAGCCGUCCCCCCCCUGCUCCGGUCCCUGAGUCCCCCCUUUUAAACACCCGUGAUCUGCCCCCCCCGAGAGACCGAAGCGCGGCCGAAGGCGGGGCACGACCCAAGGCGGCAUCGGACCCUUGGGAGAGCACUUUGCGUCACAAUCUGUCGUCAUCCUCGCUUUCCGCUUCUCGGUCGUUCAAGCGGAGCGGCAAAUCCGGUGUGGAGAGCCUGCUCCGGGCGUUAGCAAGCGCGGCCGCCGCUAGCGAGGGGCGGUUAGCACGUGUGGAAACGGUGGUCAAGAGUAUGGCGGACGCAGAGGAAGUCCGUUCCGCUCUGGCGGAGCUCCGGAACGACCUCGAGCGGAUGGCGGAAGAGGACCGGGAGUUGGCGGAGCUCGCGAACGCCCCCGGGGGAGAGGCCUUGAUUCCUCGGUUGGAGCAACAGCAGAAGGCGAGGGCUCAAUGGGAAGAGCGGCUACAACAGCAACUAGAGGCGAUAAAAGGUCUGCAAGCUGCCUCUCGGGCGGCGAGUCAGCAGAGCACACCGAAACGGCCCCCACUAGGAGCUGAGGGUUCGACGCCGGGGCGGUUAGCGGCUGCGGCCGCGGUGUUGGAACGGAGGGAGACUGGCAACCGGCCUGGUGUCGUUCUUCCGGGGACAGUUAAUCACUCCCAGUCGAUGCUGUCCCCUGACUGGGUGCCGCGGGGAACCGCGACGUCCGACUCGGAGGAUGGUUACCGGCGACUCUCCAAGUCGCCCUUGGUCGAGUAUAGUGAGGGUGAGAGCCCGCUCGGAAGAACUGCCCGGGGCUUGACGAGGAGUGAUACGGUGUCAGGAUACCGGGAUGUCGUGAAGCGGAAGCUUGAGUUAGGGAGUGGGUCCGGCGAGGCGGCUAGGCUCGUCGCUGAGGAGCGCGCACGGAUCCAGCAAGCCGCAAGAGCCUUGCAAGAUGAAACAAGGUAGUCAUCUCGAAUAGGGAGCUUGCAUGAUGCUCUCGUUGCGCAGUGUCGGACGGUGCCGGAGACAGCUUCAGCGACAUUCCGUCGAGACAAUUGAGUGCCCACCGUAGAUAUAGAAUCGGCGGUGUCUAAAGAAGAACUUGAUGGGAAGAAACUAGUGGGACUAAGGCGCAACGGGCGAAAACGCGUUGUGGGUUUUUGUGGAAGGAAUUAAACGGCCGAUCUUGUGAAUAUGGCGCAGCAGCCACUGUAGACUGAAAGUCUCUAGCUGGUCGGGAGUCUCGGUGCGUGUUCGCAGCCGUUGAGUUCGAUCACAAACAUCAUGUUCAAUCUUGCAUGGCGCCUAAGUAAAGCCGGCCGCUCCUGCCACUAGCUGAUUGCAGCUCGACUUACAUUGACGUACCACGUAGCCUGGCGGUCGUCGUAACGACGUGGGAGCUUAGUAGACGUGCAAAUGAUGGCGCCGCGGGUCAUUUGCG